AUGACUGCUGUGGCAUCUCCGCCUAGUGUCGAAUCGGGGUCUCGCUUGGGAUGGUACAGCUCUGCUAACGGCGGACAAGGAGCUUUGUCUUCAGUAAAUGCGGACGACGGGUCACGGAUGUUUAUGCCACGGAAACAGGUUCAACGUUCGAACUCCUCUUCCUCCCUAGGGUCGAACUCUUCGACAUCCUCUACGUCUACCGUGACCACUACUCCACAAGACACCCAUGCCGCGCAGAGUGCCGCCAGUGACUCAGGAACUUGGUCCGCAGCCAAAAAGAAGCCCUCGAAAAAUCUCUGGCCCAGCUCGAAGUCCGAGCCGGUAUCAGGGGUAACGAACGCGCGAUCGCAGGCAGUGCCGGCUUUUUCCUCGGGUCCAAGCGCAUCGUCUACAAUGUCCGCAAUGCAUCAACCUCAAAACAUCGUCCCUUCGCAGCAGAUGCAACCUCCCUCGCAGCAAAAUGGCAUCCGUACGCCAAAUGGACAGCCUUCCGACAAUCCAGCGGUCUUGAUAUUGUCGCCAAUGAACGGCACCUUUGACAGGAAGCAGAUCAACGUGCCAUGUUAUCCCGAAGUCCUGCGAAUCGGGCGGCAGACAAAUGCCAAGACAAUGCCCACGCCUGCCAAUGGCUUCUUCGACUCAAAAGUUCUUUCUCGCCAGCAUGCUGAAGUAUGGGCCGACAGGUCUGGAAAAGUCUGGAUUCGAGACGUCAAAUCGUCAAAUGGCACAUUUGUGAACGGUCAUCGACUCUCCCAGGAGAAUCGAGAGUCGGAACCACACGAACUGCGAGAGGGUGAUACCUUAGAGCUGGGUAUCGAUAUUGUCAGCGAGGACCAAUCCACCAUUGUUCAUCACAAGGUUUCGUCUAAGGUUGAGCAUGCCGGGACUGCUUAUGCCGCUGCACCUAGUAUCCUUGAUCUCAACUUCGGGGACCUCGAUCCCGCCUCCGGAGGCGGUCUUCUCCCUUCCCCAUUGAGCCAACCGCUUCCUCAUAUACGCGGACGGGCUGGUAGCAACGCGAGCAGCAGGAGCUCCCAGAGCGUUGCCAGCACUCAGCUGAAUGCUUUACAUCAACAACGGCAAAUGAACUACUGGAACUCGCCAAUCUCUAUUGAGCAAGUUGUCAAGCGGCUUACGAGCGAAAUGAAAGCCGCAAAGCAACAGACAAUGGACCUUCACCGAACCGAUGAAUAUUUGACGACAAUCAUGAAACCAGGCUAUGCAGAGAAAGAGAAACAUGCCAAGCCGUCUCCCUUAGAGAGCAAUGCUCAUCGCCAGAUAAAUGGCCGACCCAAAAUGCCUCGGAUCGACUCGUUUUCCAGAUUUUCUGAUCCACCCGCCCCUCCUCCUCAACAGCCUCUGCCGGAGAAACCUGAUGCUUUGUCACGAAGUGCUUCUGAAUCUUUCUCGUCUCUGAAGCGCAGCGACACGGAGAAGGCGAAGAGUGGCACAGGUUCACCUGUCUCCCGUGAUUCCAGCCAAAUCUUGAAUCUCAUUGAGGCGCUAUCGUCCGCCAAGCGAGAGAUUGAAACACAAGGAAGACGUGUCAAAGAACUAGAGACCGUAUUGACUGAGGAGCGAACUGCUCGCAAAUUGGCCGAAGAUAAACUUACUGAAUUGGAGAUGCGCUCCGCAUUGGGUGCUGGAGGAGUCCACACUGAGAAAGGCAUUGUUCCACCUACAGAGAACGGUGUCCUUGAAACAAAGGAGGAGGCCGAUGGAGAUGUAACUGUGCAAGUUAACGGCGUCCACCCAUUGGAGACUCCCGUUGAUAGUGACAUCCAGACGAGCGCACCUGUGGAAGACAAGUCCGCUGAACUUCAGGCCCGUUUGGAAAUCUUGAUGGAGGAAAUGGCAGAGAUGAGAAAGCAGAUGACGUCUUUCAAAGACCGUGCCGAGAAGGCUGAAGAUGAGAAUGCCCAUUCUCGCAAGUCAUUGGCCGAAAUGGUCGAGGCAUUACGACAGGAACGCGCUCACAAGGCAUCGGUGAAGGUGCUUGACAAGAAAAUCGAUACGCAUGACGGCGAGCAAAGCACUGACUCGGCGGUAUUCUCGCUUGCGAGCGAUGAAAUCUUGACGGAGUCCAAGCCGGAGGCUCUUCCAUCACAUAGCCUCGACGUUAUUACCUCGCACAAGGCCAUAGAUGCUGCAGCCGCCGGCUUUGCAACACAACGCCGUCAGCACAGCUAUGUUGGAGAAGCAAGUCCUUAUGCGUCCAUGUUUGGCGUGGUAUUACUAGGAGUGGGUUUGAUGGCCUAUCUCAACGGUUGGCAAAAGAUGGACAAAUGA